AUGUCAGGAUUAGAACAAUCCUUAUUCCAAUUAAAAUUCACAGCAAAACAAUUAAAUAGACAAGCAACAAAAGCAUCAAAAGAAGAAACUCAAGAAAAAGCGAAAAUUAAAAAAGCAUUAGCACAAGGAAAUAAUGAUAUAGCACAAUUAUAUGCUCAAAAUGCAAUUCGAAAAUCAAAUGAAAGAGUUAAUUUAUUAAGAUUAAGUUCAAGAAUUGAUGCUGUUGCAAGUAGAGUUCAAACUGCAGUUACAAUGAGAUCAGUAACUGGUAAUAUGACACAAGUUAUUAGAGGAAUGGAUAAAGCUUUACAAACAAUGAAUUUAGAAAGAAUAUCAUUAGUUAUGGAUAAAUUUGAAGAUCAAUUUGAAAAUUUAGAUUCUGCUACAAAUUAUUAUGAAACAAGUACAAAUAAUGUAAGUGCAUUAACUACUCCACAAGAUCAAGUUGAUGAAUUAUUAAAUCAAGUUGCCGAUGAAGCUGGUAUUGAAAUGAAGCAAGGAUUAAAUGCGACUGCAGUAGAUGUUGAAAAACCAAUUGUACAAACUACUAGUAUAUCCGAAGAAAAAGAAGAUAAAUUGGCUGAGAGAUUAAGAGCAUUGAGGAAUUGA